CGAGAACCAUCGGCUGGUCAACGAACUGCCCCUCAGAAGGGAAGCCAGUUCGUUAGUCGGUCUGUACGAAAAUAACUGCCUUCAAUUGGACCUAUUUUAUCGUCCUCUACCGACAAUGCCAGCCUCUUCCGCCAAUUAUCAUGACGUCGACCAGGACGAUUCCCUUCCCCUCCUUGUCGAUGUGGAAGAAACCAGGAGCAUCAAGGCUGACGAGCCUCCCGUUACGUAUGUGAAGAAGACCUGGAGACACACUCCUUCGGUGUUUGUUCUGCUCAUCGUAAUCACGACUUUUGUAAUCGACUUUGGCGUUUAUCUGAACAUAGCGCCUCAAACACGGAUCCUUGAGAGCAUCGCUUGCAGAAACUACUAUGACAAACAUGAACCUGGUCGAUUUGGACCAGGAGAAAUUCCCGAGGACCAAUGCAAGAUCAAGCCUGUCCAGGGAGAGGUUGCCUUUGUUCAAGCCAUGAUGUCCAGCUUCGAUGCGAUUCCUAGCAUCAUACUCUUAAUUCCAUAUGGCCGUCUAGCUGACAACCCUAGGUUUGGCCGCAAGCUGAUAUUGUUGCUGAGCGUCCUGGGCGUACUUCUGAGCUUCUACUGGGUCGCAUUCGUCUUGACAUUUCCUUCAGUCCUGCCUUUACGUGCGGUGUGGUUUGGCUCGAUCUUUAAUUUUAUCGGAGGUGGACUGGGAGUUAUCAACGCCAUGGUCAUGACAAUGAUUACUGACGUCGUCGAUCCUGACAAUCGAACCAAUGCAUUUUCCAAAACCACCUUGGCAGUGGUUGUGGCGCAACUCAUUGCUCCUUCAGUGUCGUCGGGCUUGAUGAACCUGAAAGGUCCAUGGUUGCCAUACCUAUCAGGAAUUGCUCUCGAUACCAUAACGUUUCCUUUCCUUUUCAUUAUCCCCGAAACAAUCCAAUUGCGCCCUCCCCCGUCAGAACGUCGGCGAUCCAUAAACGUCGAAGAAACGUCCACGGAACGUGGAUCGCGGCCUGAUAAUACGUCAUACCUUUCCUAUCCAAGAACAAUCGUCAACCGCGCAUGGGAGUCAUCUAAAUUCAUCUUCGAAAGCCGGGCCGUCGUACUUAUCCUCUCAGCAUUCCUUCUCACCGUUAUAGGUCGCAAACAAAUCGACAUUCUCUUGCUUUACGCCUCUACUCGAUACUCCAUACCCAUUUCCGCAGCCGCAUUCAGUCUCUCCGUUUUCGCUGGCGGAAAUAUAUUCCUACUUCUUGUUCUCCUUCCAUUCGCAUCUCACUAUCUUACCAAAAAACUCCACUACUCCAGCCAGGCCAAGGACCUCUACCUUUCACAAGCAAGCAUUAUCAUCCUUUCUAUCGGCUCUUUCGCGCUCGGCGUCUCCCCUACAAUGUCUAUAAUGUUAAUCGGAGUUAUAAUAUACACCCUUGGAUGCGGCUUCCUCCCCUCAAGCCUCAGUCUAAUAUCGACGUUUGUUGAACCACGACACUCGGCACGCAUGUACUCUAUCGUCUGUCUUGUUUCAAUGGUAGGCGCUCUUAUCGGCGGGCCGUUCAUAGCACUUUUGUUCGACUGGGGUCUGGGUAUCGGACCGGCCUGGACCGGCCUGGCGUUCAUUGGGACUGGGUUGUUACACGUUGCGAUCGCUGCUGCUAUUACUAGGAUCAAGUUACCGCGGGGUGUACAGCUCCCUGAGGAAAGGCAGCAAGGGGAAUCGCCUCGGUCGUCUAUAUCGCUUCACGACGAAUAAUAAUUAUAUAUAUAUAUAUAUAGAGGGGAAAGGACAGGGUAUAAAGUGUUUGUUUGAAACGGAAUGAAAUUUAUGUUUUCGGGUUACGUUUUACGAUUUUUGAAUCCAGACCAAGUUUUCAUGAUGUAGAUCUAUACGAAGUAAUUAGUUAUAUGAUUGGAAUAAAAAGCUAUGAAGUCAAUAGGA